AUGAAACCCAACUGGCUUGAGAUACAAGUGUCACUAGCAAAUACCUUAAAUGAAAAAAACUUAGAAAAAGGUACAAAGGAUGAUGACCUUGGUCUGCAAGACUCAUCCAAUCUUGGACAACUCAAUGGUUAUAUUCGAACACUGCCAAAAAAUGAAUAUCUUACAACAAGUAAACUUCAUCAUUAUAUUAAUGUGAUUGUAUUACCUUCUCUUGGCCACGAAACUGAAACUAAAGUGAGUGAAAAACAAGAACAAUAUCCACAUUUACUGAAAACUACUAGAGAAGAUCUUAUUCCUGGUACUAACAAUGAUGGAUGGUGGAAUAUGGAGAAGUUAGUCAAACAGGUCAAAGAGAAGCUUAUUCCCUUAUUCGAAGCUACUCAUCCUAAUUGUAUAAUGAUGGUUUGUUUUGAUAAUGCAACAAGUCAUGGUGGAUAUUCCGAAGAUGCCUUACGAGCAAAUAAGAUGAAUUUGCAUCCAGGUGGAAGUUAUAAAAUUAGAGAUACUGUAUUCAAUGAUGGACAGCCCCAAGAAAUAACUCUUUCAGAUGGCAGACCAAAAGGAAUCAAAAUGGUCUUGGAGGAACUAUUGGAUGAUAUUGAAGUAUUGACUUGUGAAGACAGUGUGAAUAUAGUGAUAAUAGAGGAGCAACGGGGAGAAGAAAUUA